UAUGGGGAACACGCCGUCGUGCAUACCGCUGGUGCCUGGCGGCGGCUGCUCGCCCUCGUUGUCGACGACGACCAAGGUCAUCCACGCGGACGGCACGGUCACGCGGCUGGCGCGCCCGGUGCGCGCGUCCAAGCUCAUGCUCGACCACCCGGGCCAGUUCGUCUGCGACUCCGGCCGCCUCGCCGUGGGAUGCCGCGUGCCGGGCGUGGCCGCCGACGAGCUCCUCCAGCCGCGCCGCGCGUACUUCCUCCUGCCCAUGGACAUGCUCUACUCCGUGCUCACCGACGAGGAGAUGGCCGCCCUGUCCGAAUUCCACGCCGCCACGGCCGCCGCGUCGUCGUGGAAGAGGAUCACCACCGCUCAUGGCCGCGACCAUGACCGGAGCGCGAGCAGUUCAGCGAAGGACAGCUGCAACGAUGGCGCCAGGGUCUAUCCGAUGCUCGGCCUGCUAGAGGCCGAUCUCGGCGCCGCUCAACCCAAACGCGCCGCCGCUGGCGUCAACAAGUCGAGUGGCGCCGCCGUCCUGAGGCGGCACCGAUCGUGGCAGCCGGCGCUGGACACCAUCGAGGAGGUUCCAUGAGUCCAUGACGCGGCGGUCGGUAGACCGGUCGCUGCAGGAGUAAGCAGCUUUGGCUCCGCUGGUGGUA